UUGCGUGAUCGCAUGAACGGAGCGUCGUUUGACAGACGUGAUCAAAGUUAUUGAUAAGUCUUUAAAUGAGCAGCGUUUAGAUCAAAAGAGCUGGUAGCGGUGAUCGCUCUAUCGCAAGAUCAUGAGGCGGAGUAAAGCGGACGUCGAGCGCUAUAUUUCCUCAGUUCAGAGCGCCUCUCCAUCUCAGAAAGAGAGGCCAGUAAAAGGGUUUCUAUUCGCAAAAUUGUACUUUGAGGCUAAGGAGUAUGAACUUGCCAAAAGGUUUGUUUCAGAAUAUUUAAAAGUGCAGCCAAAGGAUCCUAAAGCACACAAAUUCCUCGGCCAGCUAUUCGAGCGUGAUGGUGAAAUAGACAAAGCUGUUGGAUGUUACAAGCGCUCAGUGGAUCUGAAUCCAGUCCAGCGAGAUCUGGUUCUGAAAGUAGCCGAGCUACUCUGUAGUAAGCCUGAGCAUGACAGUCGAACCGAGUUUUGGGUGGAAAAAGCUUCCAGGCUUCUGCCAGGGCAUCCAGCUGUCUUUAAUCUAAAGGAGAAGCUUCUGAGCGCUCAAGGCCAAAAUGGCUCAAACCAGCUGUUCGAGCUGCUGGUGUCUGAACUGAAGCUAAGGCCUAAUGAUGCUUACAUUAACAGCAAACUGUUGCAGAUGUACUGCUCUGACGGCCGGUAUGAGGAAGCAGUAAAACACUGUCUUGCUGUGGAGAAAACUGGAAUACUUCGAGACAGUCUGGAGUGGUACAGGGAUGUGCUCAGCACCCUUCAGGAAUACCUCCGGCAGCCGAGCGUGUCGUCUAAUGAGCAGGCAUCUCGCAAAUUUCAGAAAGAACUUCUGCUGGUACACUGCAGUCUAUUACGACUCACACUCACAGCAAAGAGCUGUCAGGAGAGCGCUGAUGCGCUGUGGAUUUUUGACCGUGCAAUGCAGUCUUUGAAGAACACUGCCACAAACACUGCAGAUGAGCUGUCAGAAGUGUUCACAGAGAUGCGAGCUCAGCUGUACCUGUAUGCUGGAACACUAUUGCUGAAGAUGGCUCAGGAGAAACAGCAGCAGUGGAGAGCAGUCACUGAUUUAGCGGCUCUGUCUUAUCUCAUCGCUUAUCAGACUCCAAGACCCAAAUCUAAGAGUUUGAAAAGUGAGCAUGCAUCUCAUCAGCUUUUGGAGCUUCUGGCCUGUGAUCGUCAGAGUCAGGCGGGCCACAUGCUGCUGAACCUGAGACAUGACAAUCCUCAGCUGCUCAAGGAAGUGCUGGAGAUGUUCGGGAACAGGAGCGGGCUGAGUAUUCUGUUUGAGCUGCUCUUCAGCACACAGGAACAUGAUAAUCUCUCAUUCAUCUGGAAUGAUGAGAUCCACAACAUUAGCGCACACGCUCCAGACAUCGCAGAGCUUGCCAAGUGGGACAAUGGUUCGGUGUUGUUGUAUCGUGGUGAUUUGCAGCACCUGGUGUGGCUGGGUUUGCAGUGGACACUGAUGGACGAGAGGGUGACCCUAAAGGACUGGCUCAAACAGCUGUUUCCACGCCUCACGCUAGAGACCUCCAAACUAGACACCAACACCCCUGAAUCCAUCUGCCUGCUUGACCUGGAGGUUUUUUUGUGUGGUGUUGUGUUCACGAGUCACACUCAGCUGCAGGAGACUGCAAAGAUAACAGCGAGUUCCCAGUUACAUGAGCCCAGAUGUCUGCCCAUGCACAUCAUGAAGCUGUUGUCCUCCGAGAAACCGAGAGAGUGGUGGGAUGCAGUCUACAGUCUCAUUCACAAGAAAGCACUACCGGGUAUGUCCGCUAAACUGCGGUUGGUUGUCCAGCAUGGUCUGAGCACUCUGCGAGCUGGAGAGAAACAUGGUCUUCAGCCAGCGCUGCUCAUACACUGGGCUCAGCACCUCACUAACACGGGUGAAAGGUUGAACUCUUAUUAUGAUCAGAAGGAGUACGCUGGUCGUAGUGCUCACUACUGGCAGGUAGUGCUUCCUUUGCUUGACAAAAUCCGAAAGAGACGCAGCAUUCCUGAACCUCUUGAGCCGAUGUUUCUGCACUUCAGAAGUAAAGACAUACAGCCAUCUGACAUCCAUGUGUAUGAGGAAAUGGCAGAUAUCAGUUUUGCCUCGCUGCUUGAUAUUGAGGGGAACACAGAAGAAGCCAUCUCAAAGCUCAUGACUCUCAACAGUGUCUCAUCUAACUGGCAUCUGGCUAAGAUCUACCAGCGGCUCUCAGAGGAAGCAGGUAACGGAGUCGAGGAGACUCAGGACAGGUGCUUCAGCUUUCUGCGGCAGUUCAGGAAAUACUUAACAAAGAUCUAUCAGGCCAAUGCAGAGGAUGUGGACAAGUUACCCGUAUCUAUGGAGGAAGUGAUGGAUUUAUUGAACGAGGUCAACCAGCAGCUAGAAGAUGAUGGAGGGAUGAAUGAAGAUAAGUUGGACCAUCCACUGACAUCCAGCCCCAGUCAGCCCACAGAAGCACAUGUGAAAUUCUCCACUCCAUCCCCAAACAAAAGUUUCACAUCGCCAUCCAAAAGACCUGUGUUUUCCCCCAAAACACCCCCUCACUGGGCUGAGGAUCAGAAGUCACUGCUGCAGAUGUUGUGUCAACAGGUUGAGGCCUUGAAGAAUGAAGUUCAUGACUUGCGCCAUAAUUCAUCUGAUGGUACAGCAUCCGCAUAUAGGAUGUAUGGAGAAAGUUAUGCUGCAGAAGGACUUCAGGAAGCAUUUCAAGGAGCACAGACGUUCCAUGGAGUUCCUCUUACAGUUGCCACUACAGGUCCCUCUGUAUACUACAAUCAGUCUCCAGCAUAUAACUCGCAGUAUCUUUUGCGCACUGCUGCAAAUGUUACUCCAACAAAGGGUCCAGUAUAUGGGAUAAAUCGUCUUCCUCCACAGCAACAUAUGUAUGCAUACCAACAGUCGACACACACACCACCUCUUCAGACAACACCUGCAUGCAUAUAUCCUCAAGAGCAGGUCUUUGGUGCUCCCAUGCGAUUUGAGUCACCAGCUACAUCUUUGCUCUCCCCGUAUAGUGAAGAAUAUUACAGUCACAAUGUUCCUCAGCCUAUAACCAAUCCAACAUUACCAGAACCUGGAUAUUUCACCAAGCCAUGUGUAGUUACUUCUGCCCAGCCAUCGAGGAGCAGUGAAAGCAAACCAGUAGAGCCCAAGAUGAGCUUUGGACAGCAGUUCUCUGGUGAACCUCCUAAGGUUCCAAACUUCGGAGGUGUAGUUGCUCCGUCUACCUCAGCAACAACUGCAUUCAAGUUCAAAUCAAAUUUCAAGUCCAAUGAUGGGGAUUUCACCUUUUCAUCUUCUCAGAAAAAUAGUGAAUGUCUCUUUGGACUUCUGACAUCAGAUAUUCCUCCCAAAACUGAAGGACUGUCAGAACCAAAACAUCUGACCCAGGACCAGCCACCUAGCCAGAGUGAAGUCUUUACUUUUGGGAGUAAAAAUGCCACAGGAUUUUCAUUUACUGAUGCUGCUAAGAGCAAAACAAAUAUUUUUGGCAACACUGACCAAACGUUUAGCUUUGGAACCAAACCGAUAUUUGUAAAUGCAGAGGCACGAGAAGAAAAAAGUGGAGAAAGUGAUGAUAGUACCCAUGUGGAAGAGGAUGAAGACGGACCUCAUUUUGAACCCAUUGUGCCUCUACCUGAUAAGGUUGACGUGAAAACUGGUGAGGAGGAGGAAGAGGAGAUGUUCUGUAACAGAGCAAAACUGUUCAGAUUUGAGUCCGAGAUGAAAGAAUGGAAAGAGCGGGGCAUUGGCAGCAUCAAAAUCCUGAAACAUAAAACAUCGGGGAAGGUUCGUCUGUUAAUGAGGAGGGAGCAAGUUCUCAAAAUCUGUGCUAAUCACUAUAUCACUGCAGAUAUGGUCUUGAAACCAAAUGCUGGAUCUGACAAAUCCUGGGUGUGGUAUGCUGUGGAUUAUGCAGAUGAAAUGCCAAAGGCAGAGCAGUUGGCCAUUCGUUUUAAAACGGCAGAUGAGGCAGCACUGUUCAAAUUAAAAUUUGAAGAUGCUCAGCAAUUUCUAUUAAAAUCUCCCCAAAAGCAAGACCAACACCUGGAAAAGAAACGUGAAACACUCAAACCUAAAGUGCCAUUUGAAGAAAUGGAUCUUAAAGCACGAUUUUCCAAGAAAGAGGGUGAAUGGGACUGCAGCGUGUGCUGUAUAAGAAAUGCUGCCACAUCUGCAGCAUGCGUAGCCUGCUUUAGUGCAGGUCCAUCUAUGGCAAAGAAUAAACCUGGAGAUGAACUCAAAAGCUCUACUUCUGUGGCUCCUUCAGACAAGUUGUUAACAGAAUCUUCUGGUGCUUCAAAUGUAAAGAGUUCUAGCACUGAUAUCAGCUCAAAGGGCUCAGCAUUUGGAUCUCAAGAACCAAUGUCUUUUAAGUUUGGAUCAAAAUAUCCUGUUCCGACAUCUGUAGGCUUUGAAAGUCAUGCUGCUAAAAAAACAGUCCAGUCUGAUGCACCACAACCUCUGAAAGUGUCUUCAGCUCAAGCAUUAGAUUUUGGAUUUGCCCAGAAGUUUGCCAAGAAAGAGGGUCAAUGGGACUGCGACACCUGCUUGGUCAGAAAUGACGCCUUGGCAACAGAAUGCAUUUCUUGCCAAACCCCUUCUGGGUUAGCUAAAAAAGAUGGGCAGUGGGAUUGUGACUUUUGCCUGGUAAGAAAUGAAGGUGCAUCUAGCCAUUGUGUCUCAUGUCAGACACCAAACCCAAAUAUGAAAAGCAAAACCUCUGCUGCAUCAUCAAGCUCCUCUUUUACCUUUAGCUUUAAUAGUUCUACCAACCAACCUGCUGCAACAGGAUUUAAAGCCAAUUUCAAUGCAGGCCCUGCUUUUAAGUUUGGUCUGGGUAAGGAGAAAGCAUCCUCGGAUAGCUUGAAGUGUGAGUCCUCUACAACUCCGGAGGAUAAGUCAUUCAGCAGUUCAACUUUUUUGUUUUCCAAGCCAUUGCCUGCUGGUGGAUUUAAGUUUGGCAUUGGGGAAUCAGAGGCGAAAACAGCUGACCAACCAUCACAAAAUGAAUCAGCAUCUGCUCUUCUCAAAAAUAUUGCAGAACAGCACAAAGUGAAAGAAAAUGAGGCAGACAAAGUUACCUCGGAUCAGUCUGUAGACAGCUGUAGUCUUGAUGAGAAUCCACUUAUUACCGGCAAGUCAAACUCCUUCAGUUUUGCAGACUUGGCAAAAUCCUCCCACGGUGAUUUUCAGUUUGGCCAAAAGGAUCCCAGUUUCAAAGGCUUUGCUGGGGCAGGUGAGCAACUCUUUCCAACAUUUCAGUCCAUCCAAAAGGGGGACAUCUCUGUUUAUCAAGAGGAUGAAGAAAUUUACAAAACUGAGGAGAAUGAUGAUAUUCAGUUUGAGCCAGUUGUUCAGAUGCCUGAAAAGGUUGAUAUUGUUACAGGGGAGGAAGAUGAGAAGAUAUUGUAUUCACAACGUGUCAAACUCUUCAGAUUUGAUGCAGAAAUUAGUCAGUGGAAAGAAAGAGGGGUUGGCCACCUUAAAUUGCUGAAGAACAAUGAAAAUGGGAAACUUCGGGUUCUUAUGAGGAGAGAGCAGGUGUUGAAGGUAUGUGCUAAUCAUUGGAUCACAACUACAAUGAACUUAAAGCCCCUCUCUGGGUCAGACCGUGCCUGGAUGUGGCUAGCAAAUGACUUUUCGGAUGGAGAUCCAAAGUUGGAACAACUCGCUGCAAAAUUCAAAACACCAGAGCUUGCUGAAGAGUUCAAGCUGAAAUUUGAGGAAUGCCAACGGUUACUUCUGGAUAUUCCUCUACAGACCCCUCACAAGCUUGUAAAUUCUGAUAAAACAGCCCAACUUAUAAAAAGAGCUGAAGAGAUGAAAUCUGGUCUCAAAGACCUCAAAACAUUCUUGACCUUCCAAAGCAUGAACGAUGAAAGGAAUGUAACCAUUGGUGACUCUGAAAGUGUAGUCAAGCCUGACUCUGAAACAACCGGACCUACUUUAGAGUGGGACAAUUAUGAUUUGCACGAGGAAGCGUUUGAUGACAGUGCUAACACCUCUGUGCCUGCUUCCCCUUUACAACCUGUUCCAAGUACAAAGAAUUUGUUCCGUUUUGGCGAAUCAUCAGCAGGCUUUAAUUUCAGUUUUCAGCCUAUUCUCAGUCCCUCAAAGUCUCCAUCUAAGCUAAACCAGAGCCAGGCAUCUGUAGGCACAGAUGAUGAACACGAAACAUCUCAAGAGGAAGAGCGAGACAGUCAGUACUUUGAGCCCAUUGUGCCAUUGCCUGAUAUUGUUGAGGUCUCAACAGGGGAGGAGAACGAGCAGGUGCUUUUUGGUAACAGAGCCAAAUUAUACCGCUACGAUAAAACACUUAGUCAGUGGAAGGAAAGGGGUAUCGGAGAGCUUAAAAUAUUACAACAUAAUGAAACUAAGCGUGUAAGACUUGUAAUGAGGCGGGACCAAGUCCUCAAACUAUGUGCAAACCAUUGGAUAACCUCUAAUAUGAAGCUUGAGCCAAUGAAAGGAUCUGAAAAAGCGUGGAUCUGGAGUGCCUUUGAUUUUGCUGAAGGAGAUGGCCAGGUUGAACAGUUAGCUGUGCGGUUUAAACUGCAGGAGACUGCAAAUAUUUUCAAAGAAGUCUUUGAGGAAGCAAAGGAUGCUAAAGACAAUGAAACCCUUCUCACCCGGCUUUCUUCAAUUGUUCCUGGUGCCACCGUGGAGCCGCUUUGUGGCAAGGCUGCUGUUGCUAUUCUUGAGGAAACCACAAAAGAAUGUACAAGAUUGUCUGAAGGUGGCAGUCCUAAACCUGAUGGGACAACAGGCAUGGAACGCAGUCCUCAAAUAACCAAGAAUGUGGUCUCCCCUCCUAAGUUUGUCUUUGGAUCAGAUGCUGUACAGAAGAUCUUUGGAAGCCCUUCAUCUAAAGAAAAGUCCCCUGUUCUGAUUUCAAGUUCAAAUGAUGAGGUGGCUGUACAGAAGAUCUUUGGAAGCCCUUCAUCUAAAGAAAAGUCCCCUGUUCUGAUUUCAAGUUCAAAUGAUGAGGUGGCUGUACAGAAGAUCUUUGGAAGCCCUUCAUCUAAAGAAAAGUCCCCUGUUCUGAUUUCAAGUUCAAAUGAUGAGGUGGCUGUACAGAAGAUCUUUGGAAGCCCUUCAUCUAAAGAAAAGUCCCCUGUUCUGAUUUCAAGUUCAAAUGAUGAGGUGGCUGUACAGAAGAUCUUUGGAAGCCCUUCAUCUAAAGAAAAGUCCCCUAUUCUGAUUUCAAAUGAUGAGGUAGCAAGUGCCUCAAGGUCAAAAACCUCUGGACAGACCGUGACUAGUCAGCCAUCAGUUGUGACCCCAUUCAACACUUCAGCCAGAGGUUUGGAUUUUAGGCUUUUCAAAGAUAAUCCUAUGGCAUUUUGGACCUGUUCAUCCACCACACAGUUUGAACAUCAAGCUUCUCCUCAGUCAAAGCAGACUGCUGCUGGUGAUGCUGAUGUUGACAUUAUAUUUGAGCGUAAGCCAACUAAAGAUCAAGCUGAACUGGCUGCCAAACUCAGGCUUCCUCCUACCUUCUUCUGCUACAAAAACGUGCCUGGAUACAUCAGUGAUGAUGAUGAUGAUGACAAUGAAGAUUUUGAAACGGCAGUGAAGAAUCUGAAAGGAAAGCUGUACCCUGACGGAGGUGACCAAGCAUCUGAUCACGACUUUGAGUGCACUCUCGUGUGGGAGAAGAAGGCCACCCCAGAGGAGGAGCAGAGAGCCCGACGCCUGCUGCUGCCCCCCACGUUCCUGUGUGGAGUAAGCAGUGAUUCAGAGGCUGAAGUGGAUAAACCAGACGACUUCAACACUGAGGUGCAGAAACUAAUGCAAUCCCAGGUAAAGCAAAACACUUCCCAUGAUGCAGCAGACAGUCAGCAAGAGCAGCAGUCACCAGAGAACACUGAUGCCAGCUGCCCUAUUGACCUCUCUACGAAAAAGAGCAGUGAGGUAGACUCCAGUACUACUGCAAGUGCCCCGUUCCUUGCAUUUGAGUCAUUCCAGUCUGUUGGUGGAUUUUCAUUUGCAGACUUGGCAAAAAGUUCAGGCGAAUUUGCUUUUGGCCAAAAAGAUACUAAUUUUUCAUGGGCAAAUGCUGGAGCAAGUGUGUUCGGAUGUGCACCACCAGAGAAACAGAAUGAAGGAGAAGAGGAGGACAGUGAUGAUGAAUCGCCUAAGAAUGAUGAUAUCCACUUUGAGCCUAUUGUUUCCUUGCCAGAGGUUGAGGUGAAGUCUGGUGAGGAGGAUGAGGAGAUCCUGUUCAAGGAAAGGACUAAGCUCUACCGCUGGGACCGUGAGCUCAACCAGUGGAAAGAGCGUGGUGUAGGAGACAUAAAGAUCCUCUUCCAUCCUGUGAAGAAAUGCUACCGUGUGCUUAUGCGACGAGAUCAGGUGCUGAAAGUGUGUGCCAACCACCCCAUCACCAAGAAUAUUGAGCUCAAGCCCAUGAACACUUCGACCAAUGCGUUGGUAUGGACCGCUACCGACUAUACAGAGGGAGGUGCUAAAAUUGAGCAGCUUGCCGCCAAGUUUAAAACUCCUGAACUGGCCGAGACCUUCAGAAAAACUUUCACAAACUGUCAAAGUCGCAUGUCUCAGGUGGACUCAUCUCAGAUGUCCAUAGCUGAAGGACUUUCACAAGACACCAACCCUGUGGUGUUCUUAAACAUCGCUGUAGAUGAUGAACCAAUAGGAAGGAUCACAAUGGUGCUGUUCUCUCACAUCGUUCCUAAAACAGCAGAAAACUUCCGGGCUCUGUGCACUGGAGAAAAGGGCUUUGGAUUCCAAAAUUCCAUUUUCCACAGGAUCAUCCCUGACUUCAUGUGUCAGGGGGGCGAUAUCACCAACCAGAAUGGAUCAGGAGGAAAAUCAAUCUUUGGAGCAAAAUUUGAAGAUGAGAGCUUUGAAGUGAGGCACACAGGUCCAGGACUGCUGUCUAUGGCCAAUCUGGGAAGAGAUACCAAUAGCUCUCAGUUCUUCAUCACCCUGAAAAAGGCAGAGCACUUAGAUUUUAAACACGUUGCUUUUGGCUUUGUCAAAGAUGGUAUGGAUGUGGUGAAGAUGAUGGGAGAACUGGGCACUAAGGAGGGUAAACCCAGGAAAAAGAUAACCAUCAUAGAUUGUGGACAAUUGUAACACUUUACAAAAUGUUUGACACUCUGCUGUUUGUCCUAUCUGAGGUGUGGGAUUAUAUUUACUGAAAUGUUGUGUAAAUGUACAUGAGAACUUGUAUAUGUAUUGGUUUUAUUUUUGCCUCCUUUCAAUGUGUGUACUAAUAAAGUUGACCGCACUGGGACCCAGUGGAGUUUGGCAAUAAGAAUUUAUUUAGGUUUGCUUUAAAAUUGCAUUUACAUUAUGACAAUAUUUUAAUUUUAACUUGUAUGUUGCUGUGUUAACUCAAUGCACAAUUGCUUCUAACAGUGCCCUCAUGUUUAGUUUAUAAGGACUACAUUGAUCAGGAUGAAUUUUUUUGGAUGGUUGGGUUUCUUCAUUGCAUGGGCCGUUUUUUUUUUUUUAUUAAUGAUCCUCCCCAGCACACUUGUACUCUAGUCUUGUUUUUAUUAGUGACAGCUAAAAUAGUUUAACAGAUUUGCUGUAUUUCAUCUGACUUAUGAGUUGCUUUACAAAACCACAACAGUUUAGUUUGCGAUUUUGAUUUUUUUUUUU